AUGGGAAUCUUAAAAGGAAAAGAUCUUGCAUUAGAACAUAUUGAAAAAUCAAAAUUGGCUUUUUUAGGAACAUUAUCUGAAGCUGAAAAAGGUCCAUCAACUCAUACAAUGCCACCUAAAGAUCAUUUUACAUUAAAAUUUGAUCGAGAUUCAAUUCGAAAUUUAAAAGGACGUGUUUAUGAAAAUAUGAAACAAUAUACAUAUGAACAACGAGGUGAAAGUAUUCCUGUAUUUACCAAUAAUAAAGAAGUUAAUGAACAAGGUAAUCUUAUUAAUCCAAUAAAACCUGAAAUUCCAACAGUUGGUCGUCAAUAUGUUGCUUGUAUUUAUGAUGAUCUUAAAAUAGUUGAUUGUCUUAUUGAUAUUGAUUGGAGUGAAGUUGAUGAGUUAGUUAAAACAGCAAAUGCAAGACGAAGAUCAGUUGUUUAA